GCAAUCCUUCUCUCAAGUAUUAAAUCCACACCAGGCUGUGCACAUUUCCAGCCCUCCGACGUUAAGGACAUCUCUCCAUCAAAAUCCAGACGGAAAAAAUGACCAAGACUAAAGUGGAGAUGGCGACGUUACUAACGACUCUUACUAUCGUUGUGUCGUUUCUUGUUCGUGGACAUGACUGCAAGGUAGUUCAGUUCAUCUUUGGGGAUUCUCUGUCGGACGUCGGCAACAACAACUACCUCGCCAAGAGUCUCGCUCGGGCUAGCCUGCCAUGGUACGGCAUCGAUUUUGGCAACGGAUUGCCUAAUGGGAGGUUCUCCAAUGGACGAACCGUCGCUGAUAUUAUAGGUGAUAACAUGGGACUUCCGAGGCCUCCAGCAUUCCUGGAUCCGUCGCUGAAUGAAGAUCUUAUACUUGAAAAUGGAGUCAAUUACGCAUCUGGAGGUGGUGGGAUUUUGAACGAGACAGGAUCAUACUUCGUGCAGAGGUUUGGGUUGUACAAGCAAAUAGAGCUAUUUGAAGGGACACAAGAGUUGAUAAGAGCGAAGAUUGGUGAGAGAGAAGCUGAGAAGUUCUUCCAGGAAGCGAGGUACGUAGUUGCACUCGGAAGCAAUGAUUUCAUCAACAACUACCUAAUGCCAGUUUAUAGCGAUUCCUGGACCUACUCCGACAACACCUUCGUUCAGUAUUUGAUGGAAACCCUCCGAAACCAACUCACCAUAUUGCACGGGUUAGGCGCGCGAAAGCUGAUGGUGUUUGGAUUAGGGCCGAUGGGUUGCAUCCCCCUUCAAAGGGUUCUGAGUUCAUCAGGUGAAUGUCAAGACAGGACAAACAAACUAGCUCUUAGCUUCAACCAAGCAGCAAGCCAACUCGUGACUGAACUCUCUAGCAGCCUCCCAAACGCCACCUUCAGAUUCGGAGAUGCUUAUGAUGUUGUUAAUGAUCUCAUCUCCAAUCCCAACAAAUACGGAUUUAGCAAUGCAGACUCUCCGUGCUGCUCGUUUGGGAAUAUCCGACCGGCUCUAACGUGCAUACCUGCAUCUACAUUGUGCAAAGACAGAAGUAAGUAUGUGUUUUGGGAUGAGUACCAUCCAUCUGAUAGAGCUAACGAGCUGAUCGCUGGUGAGAUGAUCAAGAAGCUCGGAUUUAAGCCCGUUAAUCAAACGGAUUCUCCUUCUCCUGCUAUGGCUCCAUCUGCUAGCUGACCACGAUCAGAUUUUUUGAAAUUUAUUCGUCCCGUUUAAUUUAUUUACUACAUAUGGUGGUUAAACUUAAUAUUUGAGUCGCGUAUACACGGUGCAAAUUUUCUCAAACAUC